AUUCUCAAAUCAAUUUCUCUCUUUCUCAUCUAUUUAUCAUCUCUCAAAACAAAAACAUGUCAAGUAAGAGAGGACCCAAUUGGAAAGCUCAUGAAGAUGUAAACUUGUGCAAAUCUUGGAUAUCAGUAUCUGAAGAUGGAGCAGUUGGCAUCAAUAGAAAGAGCACGUGAUUAUGGGAAAGGGUGGAGAGGGAAUUUCGAAGAAGCGAUCCUACAACAAUUCGUACUACGGAUUCAAUGGAAUCCCGACUAAGACUUAUCAGCAACAAGUGUAAAGUUUGGAAGGGAGCUUUGCAGAGGGCGGAGAGGAGUCAAACGAGCGAUAUAUAAGGACGAGAAUGGGGACAAAGCCUUUGCUUAUGAGCAUUGUUGGGUCAUCCUUCGAAAUCCUCCCCUGUGGAAGGCCUCGACGACAUACCAGAAGAGGGAGCUACGCCUUUCGUGUUGUCUCGCCCUGAAGGACGCGACAAACAAAAGGCGGCAAAUGAGGGGUCAAACCUCACAAUGUCGCCCAUAAUGCGAUGGAAUAAUCUUGGUUUCAUCCGAUAGCGCCUUCUAAAUAUGCGAGCAUUGUAUACUGGAUUUGGAUCGAAGUAAUCUCUCAUGAGACGGCGAUUACAUUCGACCCUUUCACAAUCAAUGUGACGUCGACUUGUAGUUUGACGUCGACUUGAUGAACCUUCAGCCAGCCUCCGACCGAUUAAACUCAACCGUAGGUGGUGAAACCUCUCGUACUCUUCGAUUUCUUCUUCUCCUCCCGACGAUGAGCUAUCUGACAUACUCAUGAUGAAUGUGUUUGUUUUAGAAAUGGGAAGAAGUUUCAGGUGAGUUGAUGAAAAAUGAAGAAUUGUAAUUUAUAAACACAUAUGAUGCACAAACACGACAAAAAAAUGGUCAUAAAGUAACGGCUACAAAAAAUGACUAAUUUUGCAAAAAAAAACUCGGAAUUAAAAAAAAAUUACAUCGAAAAUUUUGUUUUCAAAAGUAAUAACAAACUGUAAAAAAUUAAAGUGAAUUACAAGAAUGAUAUUGUAAAUAAGUAUGGUUUAUGGAAAUUAAAUCAAAAAAAGAUGCGGGAAGCUAAACUUGGAAGCCUAUAGGGUUGGAGCAAAAAAGUGUUUUGGGGAGGCAAAAAUGUACAUUUGAGAGCUUGGGAGGCUAAAUAUCAUGGACCAGGAAACCAGAUCGCACCGGCCGGUUCAACCGGGAAUUGGACAAAAAACAAAACGGUAGGCUGUUAUGAGCCUUUUUACCGUGUCGGUCGAUUUUUCCGGGUUAACCGGCACAAAGCGAGAAACCGCCCGAUUUUGUUCUAACCGGCGGUAGCCUAUAUCCAGUAAAAAACGUUGUCGUUUUACAUAACAAAAAAAAAAAAAAAAAGAUAACCUGCGUCCAAUCAACAAACGCCCAAAACAAAACCCUAAUCUCUAAUCAAAUGAGUGAAUGGCAGUCGAGUUUUCUGAACCUCUCCCAACCCAAGGCGCUCCUGUUCUCUUCUCCAGCCUCGCCCAGCCCAGCCGCUCCUCUUCUCUUCUCCUGUGGCUAGUGGCAACUGACGACCCACGAUCAAAGAGAUCAACGAGGCGACCGACAAAAGAUCUAGCCGAUCCAUGCAACGCUCCACCGCUCCUCUUCUCUUCUCCUCUGGCGAGUAGAGAGUGGCGACUAGCGACCCACAAGGCUACGCUUCUCCAACCGGCGAAGAGACGAGAUUUUCCGAUUAGGGAGUGCCAUUGAUUUGGCUUUGAGCGCGGGGGGUGGCGGUGAGAUUGGGUUUGCGAUGAAAUUUGAUGGGGGAAGGGAAAAGGUUUGCGGUGAGAUUUGGUUUUGAGCGCAGUGGGAGAGAGAGAGAGAAUGGAAGAUGGGGGAAGGGAAAAGGUUUGCGGUGAGAUUUGGUUUUGAGUGCAGUGGGUGGGUGGGUGUGAGAGAGAGAGAGAGAGAGAGAGAGAGAGGCAGAAUGGAAGAUGGGGGAAGGGAAAAGGUGCACGCCUUAACCGAGGAAGUUAAUAAAUGAUGGGAUUUCUUUUUAAUAAAAAGUAAAUAUUGUU